UUUACAUGCAGGGAGAAGAGUGGAACACCCCUACCUAAUCUUUACGCAAGUACAUCUCUGCGUGCUGUCACAGAGGCAAAGUGGGAAGAUGAAUACUGGGGUUUUUGGAAGCAGACAAAUCCAUCAUGCAUGCAGGCUUCACAUAGUGACAUGGAAUGUUGGCACAGCAGAGCCUCCAGCUGAUGUGAGGUCAUUGCUGCAUCUUGAGUCUGACUCUGACCUUUAUGUCAUUGGGUUGCAGGAGGUGAGAGCCACUCUAGUGAAGUACAUCUCUGAUCUGAUAGCAGAAGAUUCGUGGAGCCUCCUCUUCAUGAACUCACUGGCACCAAAUGGCCUCGUCAAGGUGACCUCUGUGAGGAUGCAGGGUCUCCUCUUGAUUAUAUUUGCCAAACAGGCUCAUCUCCCCUUUAUCCGAGAUAUCCGUACCACAUACACCCGCACCGGCCUUUUUGGCUAUUGGGGGAAUAACGGGGCCGUGUCAGCACGGCUAUCAUUCUACGGUCACAUGCUCUGUUUCCUCAACUGCCACCUGGCAGCGCACGUGAACUACGCCUCGCCGCGGGUGGACGAGUUUGAGCACCUCCUGGACACGCAGGUCUUCGACUCUGACGACGCGCCGCACGUGCUCAACCACAGGGUGGUGUUCUGGUUCGGUGAUCUCAACUUCCGCAUUGCUGACCACGGCCUGCACUUCCUGCGGUCAGCUAUCAGCAGUGGCCGCCUCAGCCUGCUUUGGGACAAAGACCAACUGAUGAUGAUGAAAAAGAAGGAAGCACUACUGCAGGAAUUUCAGGAAGGAUGUCUGCAUUUCAAACCGACAUACAAAUUUGAGCUCCACUCUGAGACCUAUGACACAAGCCCACAGAAGACAUGGUUUGGCUUUACUGGCAAGAAGCAGAAGCCAGCUUGGACAGAUCGUAUCCUGUGGUGGACAAAGCCCGAAGGCUUGAUGGAGGAGGAGGACGAGGUGGAGGAGUGCAGCUCCGUGGCAUCGUUGACAGAUGACUCACACUUCCCCUUGAAGGUGACCCAGGACUUGUACACCUGUGACGUGUCCUAUGGAGUCAGCGCCCACAAACCUGUAAUCAGCACAUUUAACCUGGAGCUGUGGAAGAAGGUGGAAACGGCACUGGUGUGUGUGAUCGCUAAGGGCCAGUGGUGUGCUAAUGAGCAUGCAGCACUCACCUACACCAUACUGGAGAACUUUGAUGCCUCCACCUAUGACUGGAUUGGCCUCUACAAGACUGACUUCAAGAGUUCCUCCGAUUACAUUGCGUUUGUCUGGGUCAAGGAGUCUGAAGUCGCUGCAGUUGAUGAGGUUGUUCAGCUGAGCAUGAAAGUGGAUGAUCCCCUGCUGCAGUCUGGGGAUUACAUUCUGGGCUACUACUGCAGAAACACGCAGUCCCUUGUGGGCCUUAGCCCUGCGUUUCAGAUAAUGGAGUCUAAACUGGCUCUUCUGUAGGGUCUGGUGCCUGAAAACAUGAAUGGACCUGCCAUGUAACUGCUGUCUCUGAGACCUACUGAACUGUCAUCUCUGCCAUCCUCUCCAGCCAGCAGAGCGCCAUUAGGCAGGGCUUGUGUGUGUGGUUUACAGCAGGACUUGUGUGUGUGGUUUACUGCAGACUUUCACAGUCCUGGACCUGGAGGGGCCUUGCAGUACACAUUUUAAAGUGUUCUUUGCACCCAGCACACCUAAAUAACCUUGUAGGCCAAUUACCAAGUCAACUUUGAAAUGGAUGUGUUAUAGCAGGAUUCUUUAGGAUCAGGACUAGGAAACACUGGUUUACUAAAACUAACCUAUUAAAUCAACCCUCCCCUCCACGCACAUACAUAUACACCCUGCAUCACACACGCAUGCAUGCACCCCCCCCCCCC